CUUGUCUAAUUUGUCAAUAUUUAGACUGGGAAAACUGCAAUGUUGUUUGUAACGCUAACUGGCUCCCCAACAAUGGAGGAAACUACAGAAUUGUCAUCCAUUUGGGAAAUUGGUCUGUAUAAUAAUCAUAUUCAAGCAACUAGGUAUGUAAUCGAAGAGGACCGGGUCAUGUUUGUUUUCACGGAUGGAAGUCUAGCCUGGGAAGCGAAGGAUUUUUUGAUCUCACAAGAGCGAUGUUUAGAGGUUGAACUGGACAGCAAGGUGUAUCCCGGACUUGGAGCUAAAUCAAAACAAGGGAGUAAUUCUGAGGAAGAAAAGUCGAGGAGUGAAUCUAAAAAGUCGGGGAGUAAAUCUAAAACGUCUGGGAGUAAAACAACCCCACCAGAGAGUGAGCCUGCAAGGGUCAGAAGUGUAGAACUGUAAAGAAAAUCUUCAUUUUUGUAAAUUUUUGUAAAUGAACUUUUUAUCUUGUCUUGUAUAUAUAGUAAGACCUGUGAAACUGUGGAAAAGGAAGUCGACAUUUAAAGGGACUGUUUGCAAGAAAAGAAAGGGGUAUGGCUAACGUCGAAUCAAAUUCGAUGUUGAUAUCUACUUAUCUUUUUACAUGUUGUAUAUACUUUAAACGACGAUUAUUUGGCCGAUAAUACCAGUUUUGCCAGGCACAGUGCUCAAUUUCCGCAUUUCAUUUUUAAAUCAAGUUCAACAGUCGUCUUUCUAUUCUGCCGGUCCUGGGUCUCACUGUAGCUUUUUCUUUGACUGACUGUUUUUAAAAAUCAAAUACUCCAAGCCGUUCCUUUCUAACAAAUUACGAAGUAAUUCCGCGAAAUUUGUACAAUCUAACGUAAUUUCCCAAAAUGUUGUAAUGAUUACGCAUAAUAAGCAAAAUUACGGAGUAAUUUCGCGUAAUUUCUAUCAGGUAAUUUAGCGAAAUUUUGUAAUUAUUAUGCGUAAUUAGCGAAAAUUUGAUUUGCAAGUAUUUAAAUUAUCCAAUAAGAUUGGACAAUGGACAUGGUUGAAGCGAGACAUCUAUAUAGAGGCCAAGCAAUCGUCCCUCAAAGUAUGUCAAUACGCCAGCCCAAUUUAAAAAAGAACCGUCGGCCUUUAAAGGAUAAUCUUAGCCGAAGAUCUUUACGCUGAUGGAGAAACCUCAGCCGCAGAAUUUCUUUCACAAUUUUUUAUCAUUGGCGGACUACAGACUUAAAAAUUCCCGGAUUUCAGACUUUAAGCCUUCAUUCUUAAAGUUUAUCCACUGGAUAUCGGUAUCAGUUACUGAAUGCGCCGGAUAUCAAACACAAAAAUUUCAAGCUCUGCACUUUAUUAAAUUGGCCUUAAACUUAUAUUAAUUGUGUGUUAAAGUGAAAGUGUUUAUCGCUAAUUUUGCGCUUAAAGAAUUUUAACAGCUUAAUUAAAAUGCAAUUUACGACCAACAAUGUGGAAUCUUAGCCUUGACAUUUAGAUUGUAAAAUAGAUCUGUCUUGUUAAUAAGAUGUUUUAAGAUAGGUUAGGUUAAUAAAUGAUUUUCUACCA